ACGCCAUGCUCGCCGUCCCAGCAACUCCUCGCGAGGCAGUGCACCCCCUCGGCCAACCACGGCUGCUGUCACACCCCCUUCCGCGCGCCACUCUCCGAAUCGCAGCACGAGAAACGCUGCGCUGACGUCGCGGUGCCAAUUGGAACAGAGAGGUAAACCAAGAGCCGUUCCCAGAGAUGGCUGCAGCGAGGGGUGACUAGUGAGAGGGGUGGGCGCGUCAUGUGCGAGUAUCUGAGGCGCCCCGGCGCUGGGCCUUGACGUCGUUGGCCGAUGGGGAGCUGAUGGCGAGGAGGGGCGUGGUAGGCUUUCUUUGUUAUAUUUGGGCCGUGGGCGUGCCUGGAGUGGUCUACCCCUCUUCUUUUCAAUCAGCUUCAAUCCUCAACGAACUCGCUCAUCUACCAAUCUAUCUCCAUAAGCAUAUACUUUAUUUGAUACCCGGCUACGGCAGUGCAUUGAGCGAGAUAGCUGUCAUCAUGGCUACGGAAACUGCUGCCUCUGGCAUCGAUGCCACACCCACCAACAACCCCUCCGUCGAGUCCAAAGACCCCUUCGCCUCCUCCCGCACCACCGACAACGACCCCUUCGCCGGCGACAAGCUCGGCGACCUCGCCGGCUCCGACGACAUGGGCCUCUCCUCCUCCCCGCCCGCCGCGUCGCGAGACCGCCGCAUGAGCAAGGAGUGGGACGCUAGCAAGGUGCCGCCGUCACGGUUCCAGAAGCGCGAGGGGAGCAUCUACAGCACGCCGAAUUCGCGGGACGCGCAUGUCAAGGGGGCGUCGAGGGAUCAGGCGUACCAUGACAAGCUGAAGGAGAAGGGCUGGGCCCAGAAGAUUACCGGGGGGGCGAAAUAACCAUACUUGAGCGAUGGGAUCAGUGGGCUGCGGGAGGGGGGUUUGUGUAAAGGUACUGGGUGGAAACUGUCAUAUCGGGAUGAAUCGGUCUUAUGAGCGCGGGGAUGGGGGAGUCUGGUUAUUCCGUGUCUGCGAUAGCCGGGAUAAAUUGAAUGCGUUUUCUACUCUACUCCGCUUACUAUAAGUCUGCGUCUUCUGCUUUUGAAUCUGCCACACUAAGAAUACCUAAGCGCUGUGUAUCGGAUACUCAUACCAAGAGCAUGACUAGUUUCGGGGGUCAUAUGCACGUUUCCUUCCCGUCAUGCAAGUCCCCGUAGCCCCUUUCCACCGCUCCUGGGACGAGACUUGUUUGCUCCCCACCUCGAAGUCCCCCCUUGGGUUAUCUACAGCACAAUUUCCACCCAGUCUCCAGGAAAGCUUCUGCUGCAACCAACCAGCCUGUAGCGAUGAAACAAGCAAGCAA